UGCUGUCAAUACAUUCCAUACUUAAGGAAACAUACACAAACAAACAAACAAGAAACAAACAAACAAAGACACACAAACAACAGACACCCACAGAGAGGCAUCACAAUUAACACACUUCUUCUGCACAUCGAUAGAAUUUCGCGGUACUCAACACGUAAAAAAAUCACAAAAAAUAAACAUGCUGAGGCUGAAAUUAAACAAGGCGUGCGUGGCGCAACCCGGCCACACGAAGCUCAUCAGCAAUCGCUCGCUUCAGCCAGUUGUGGUGUCAGCGAAGCGCUUUGAUGACAUCAUGUCCAGGUCAACUAUGGCACAGAAGCAAGCUGCUCUGGCUGCGGAGGUCGAAGAGCGUCGCUACAUGACAUACCUCAAGGAGGGUAGCGAUUGGGUCUGCAGCCGCUUCACGGGUAAUAUCUCAUUCGAAGAGCAGAGGCAAGCGAAAAUCGAUCAGGAACUAAACGAGGCUGCAAUCAGAGAGAGGCAAAUCCUGCUCGAAGACGAACAUGUGCGCAUGCAGCGCAUCAUGCGCGCUAGCCAAAUACUGGAGGAAUUGAAGCCGGGUCAGCGAGGUCUGCGUCACGCCGUGAUCGAGAGCGAAAUGUUAUAUCAGCGAAAGUUCAAUGAAGCCCUCAAUCGUGAGAUCGCUCAAGAGGUUCGACAGCAGCAGCGUUUCGAUGAAGAACAGUGUCCAGAGCGUUUGAUACCGUUUUGCAAUGUCACUGAGCGGGAGGGAAAAGCCGGUGAAGCGGCGAAAGCGGUCGAGUUACGUGCCUAUUUAUUGAAGGAUCUGGAAGAGAGGCGACUGCAAAGAUUGGCCAAAAAGAAACAGGAGGAUUACGACGUAAUUAUAGAGCGCGCGCAGUACAAGCUUCUGCACGAGAAGGAAAAACAGUCUGCCAAGGAGCGCGCUGAAAGAAAUCGCGAUUUUUACCGUCGUGCCUACCAAGAUGCUCUCAAAGAGAAGGCCGAGAUAGCCAAAUACGAGAGUAUGUGUAAUGAGAUCGACGAUCGAGUCCUUUGCGUUGAUCUCGUAAAGCGUCGCAAGCUAGACGCCCAGUAUGGUCAACAAAUCAAGAAGAUGCGUGACAAGCGAAUACUCGAGAAGGAGGCGCGCGCCGUGCAGCUAUGCUACCAGGCGCAGGCGGACAAGCGCCAGGCUCAAUCACGUCAAGUCCAAGUUAUCAAUCAACAUGAUGAACAGGUUGAGAUGGACGAGGGACUACGCCAGUGUAAGUCAAAUGAGUUGUCCCAGCAGCGUCGCGCUUACGAGCUGGAGGAUCGCAAACGGGAAGAGCUGCAACGCCAGCGAGAUGCGGAGAUUCGUCGCUUUCAAGUUGCUGAACGAUUCCGGAACGCGAAGGCCAACAACUUAUUCAAUACAGCCCUGAAGCAGAAUAGAGAUGCAGAGACUGCAAACCUGCGGGACAUACUCUAUGGCCAGCGGGACGAGUUCCUAGCAAAACGUCAAGAGGAGCAAUUGCGCGUGUCUGCUUGCCGAGAAGAUCCUUAUCUGCAGGAAGAUGUUUUGUUCUUCGGUGAUGCGGUUAAGGCGAUUAAGGAUGCUCGUAAAAUGGGACGUCCUAUUUUCCCGAUAGCCAAGGCUGUGGAGGCCUACAGACGCAAGAACCAGAUUGAUGAGGUUCCCGAGGGUCGUAUGGUGGGCAGGAGCAGAAUACGAGACUAUUGCUGGCCAGGAUACUACUCCAAAGCGGAAUUGGCGUACAAAAAGUAUGAGCAUCGGGAGAAGUGUCGCCAGGAACAGCAAAGGGAUCGCAAUGAGAUAUUUAACAACUGUAUCAAAAUCACCAAAAUGGCUGCCGAAGAGCAGCCGUACAAAAAGUGCCCUGUGGGGGGUAUCAUCAAGUGUUGCCAACAUCGCGGCCUUCCUGACGUCGACAGCAUCGAUUCCUUCGAUCGUGCUAGCAAUAUAUUCCACGAGGAAGAUGCUCUGCCUGAUGGUAAUCCAACUGCUAUGCAGCCUGCAAAGUCGAAUAAAUUUUCUCAGCAAAACAGUGCACACUUGCCAAAGCAGAGAAGUAGUCAGAGAAACUCCAAAGGAUCCAAACACAGUUCCUUGAAUUCGAAUAUUUCUAAGCAGGUCUCGAGCCAAAAGCUAGUUUGCAAUCCAAAUUGUUCGGGUUCGUCGAGAGAAAUAGCUGGGGCUUUCCAAUUAGGUCACAAGCCACGCAAUAGAAAACCACUUAAUUCAUCUAAAACAUGUUUAUCUUGACUCUAAGGACUUGAACAUUCCAGGUCAUUUGAAUUAAAUCAUUACUGCAAUUACUGAAUACUCAAAGAUGCCACAAAGAUGCAUCAAAGGAGCAGGCCAAAAUAUAUCAGUUAACUGAUAUGCAAAAUCAUACUAAGAAGGCGAAAUUCAAAACUUUCAUAGUUUGUGUUUCGAUUUUUACUGGUGAUCUGCACUUCAAAUGUGAUUCAUAUUUUGAAUUAUUUAAAAUGUAAUUGCCAUAAUGUAACUAAAAUUUGUGAUAAAUUUUCUAGGAAUUGUGAAUAAAGAACAUAUUUUGACAGCA